AGCGUACGGAACGGGACUGCGAAACCCUCACGCCUUCUCCCUCCCGGAAUCCCCGCCCCCGUCCAAACCCGGGCAGAGCAUAUACUCCAGCCACCGCCGCGCAGAUUCCCGGCCAUCCGCCGACGCCACGCCACGCCACCCCCGUGCCGCUCCGAUUCCGAGCUUGCCGGAGCCCCGUUUGGCUGGCGGGAAGCCUCGCCCCCUCCUCAGCGCCCCGGCCGAUUUGGGGCUUGGAAGUGUUUUUUAUUUAGGGCGGGAUUCGGGCGGCGGGGAAACAAGGCGCGACGCGAGCAUGUCGGUGCUGGAGGAUUUGAUCCGGGCGAUCGAGCUGUGGCUGCGGAUCGCCAAGGAGCAGGUGCCGCUGGUCGACCCCAGCCUCGACCCGGUGCUGCUCGUGCCCGGCAUCGGCGGCUCCAUCCUCGAGGCCGUGGACGAGGCGGGGAACAAGGAGAGGGUCUGGGUGCGCAUCCUCGCCGCCGACCACGAGUGCCGCGAGAAGCUCUGGGCGCAGUUCGAUGCCUCCACCGGCAAAACCGUUUCUGUGGAUGAGAAAAUAUGCAUCACUGUCCCUGAGGAUAGGUAUGGAUUGUACGCCAUCGACACAUUGGACCCAGACAUGAUUAUUGGUGAUGACAGUGUUUACUACUAUCAUGACAUGAUAGUGCAAAUGAUUAAAUGGGGAUAUCAAGAAGGCAAAACUCUGUUCGGAUUUGGUUAUGAUUUCCGCCAAAGUAACAGGCUUUCAGAAACACUUGACAAAUUUUCUAAAAAGCUAGAGUCAGUAUAUACAGCUUCAGGAGGGAAAAAGAUCAAUCUAAUAACACAUUCAAUGGGGGGAUUGCUUGUUAAAUGCUUCAUGUCUCUUCAUGGUGAUGUCUUUGAAAAAUAUGUGAAGAGUUGGAUUGCAAUCGCUGCACCAUUUCAAGGUGCGCCUGGGUACAUAAAUAGUGGUCUGCUGAAUGGAAUGUCUUUUGUGGAAGGAUGGCAAUCAAAAUUCUUCAUUUCCAAAUGGACUAUGCAGCAAUUGUUGAUUGAAUGUCCAUCAAUAUACGAGUUGUUGGCUAGCUCAACCUACCACUGGGAAGAUACACCAUUGCUACAGAUCUGGAGAGAGAGCUUAGAUGACAAUGGCAAGAAAAGUGCCAUACUGGAGUCAUAUGAACCAGAUGAAGCAAUAAAGAUGAUUCAAAAAGCUCUUUCCAAGCAUGAGAUUAUCUCUGAUGGAAAUCACAUUCCUCUGCCCCUUAAUGAGGAUAUAUUAAUAUGGGCAAAGGAAACUCAAGAUAUCUUAUCCCAGCCAAAGCUUCCAAAAUCAGUGAAGUUCUACAAUAUUUAUGGGAUUGAUUAUGACACUGCUCAUACUGUUUGCUACGGGAGCAAACGCCACCCUAUUUCAAAUCUUAGUCACCUCUUAUAUACCCAGGGUAAAUACAUCUGUGUUGAUGGUGAUGGAUCCGUUCCUGCAGAAUCAGCAAAGGCGGACGGCCUUGAUGCAGUGGCGAGAAUUGGGGUUGCUGCUGACCACCGAGGCAUCGUCUGCGACCACCGCGUGUUCCGCAUAGUCCAGCAUUGGCUGCACGCGGGUGAACCUGACCCGUUCUAUGACCCACUCAACGACUAUGUCGUCAUCCCAACCAUCUUCGAGGUUGAGAAGCACCACGAGAAACGCGGGGACGUCACCUCGGUCAGGGAGGACUGGGAGAUCAUCUCCCACACCGACGGCGACGAGGCCAAAAGGCCGGCGGAGCUCCCCGCUAUGGUCGGCGCGUUGUCUGCGUCUCGCGAGGGCAAGGAUGGCCUGCUGGACGAGGCGCAGGCCACCGUGGUGGUCCACCCGGAGAGCGGAGGCCGGCAGCAUGUGGAAGUCAGGGCUGUCGGAGUCAGCCACGGUGGCUAGUUACGGGCUUACUAUAUACUCCCUCCGUUCCUAAAUACUUGUCUUUCUAGGCAUUUUAACAAGUGACUACAUACGGAGUAAAAUGAGUGAAUCUACACUCUAAAAUAUGUCUACAUACAUCCGUAUGUGUUAGUCAUUUAAAAUGUCUAGAAAGACAAAUAUUUAGGAACGGAGGGAGUACUUGUACUAUAUAUAACUUAAGUAGCUAGGGCGAUUGCACAUACUGUAAACCGUUGAUGCACAUAAGAUGUGGCCAGGUAGGGAAUGUGUCUCUGUAAAUACGGUAUACUGCUGCUUGUAAAAAUCUGAACUUGGAAGCACAACGUGCACUGGCUAUGAGCACCAAGGAGGAAGGAAAUAAUCAGAAUGGAUUACCAGCUUGUGACCU